AUGGGAAGCGGCGGUAAAGUCGGCAAAACACCACAUACAAUGAACAACCAACAGUUCGCUCCUUACCAGCGAAGAACUGCAAACAGUGCUCAUAGAGGUAGAAGCCCUGCUAAAUUCUCGUCCACUCAGUCCAUUGAGUCAAGACCCAAACGACAAAGAGGCGCUAACACCAGCACACCUGUUGAUAGGAGGUACUCUCCACACGCUGCCGCAAGAAUCCGCGCAAGGCGUCUCCGACAACAAAUUGAGCACUUUGAAACGUUGGCGUCUGUUAUGCGAGCUCAAAUGGAGGUUUUGGCAGGUCUGGUCGAAAGAUUACAUCCUACAGCUGCAUCCCAAGAACAAGUGGGUGUUCGAGCAGCCGAAUCUCGCAGUCGGCCGACUAGUCGUCGUCCAAGAAGACAACCUUCCCUCUCACCAGUAGAAGCUCGGAAGGAUGGAAGCCUUCCUUAUGAUCAUAUUAACUCUGGUGCUGCGUUAGUGCAAAUGUGGUCCUAUGUUGCAGCGCCAAAAUGCCGGGUAAUUGUAGCAAUAGGAGCAACAGCUGGAUUGUCGGUUGCCAUGUUUGGAUCAAUGUUUCCUAUGCCACGUGUUAUAUAUGCUAUGGCGCAGGAUGGACUUAUUUUGAAACAACUGUCUCAUCUUUGGCAGCGUACUAAUGUUCCUGGCUUAGCAACAAUAUGCAGUGGUAUUGCCGCAGCUGUUGUGGCUUUAACAGUACGUUUAGAAAUUUUAGUUGAAAUGAUGUCCAUUGGCACAUUGUUAGCUUAUACAUUAGUUUCCACUUGUGUACUGGUGUUAAGAUAUCAACCACAUAGUACUUCUCUUGUUGAACUUUUACCAGCACAAUUAAGAAUACCAUUGACACCUGGUGCUGCAUCAAACCCAAAUGCUACAACAGCUGAAGUCUUACAUACCAAUAAGUUAACCAUAAAACGUGUUACUCGUGGUAUAUCAGAUUCCGACGAUUCUUUUAUUGAUGAUAGUCCAGAGGGUUAUUUGGGACGUGAUGAUCAAUUUUUAGUAUCUGAUCGUUCUGAAAACAAAUUUUAUGGAAGUGUACAUGGAGCGCCACCAGGACCUACUGGCCAAGCUACUGCUUUUGAUACAAUGGGAUUCAAUUUCUUAACUAGAAAACUUAGCGAAUACACUUACCUUUGUCCAGGAUUUUUCCCUUGGAUUAAUCCAGGUCAAGCUACAGCAGACAGUGGCAUGUACGUUACUAAACUUGUUGGUAUUAUGUUUAGUCUAAUAUUUUUAUUGGAUCUAUUCGCGGCUAUUGGUUGGUCUGGCGGAUUAGCUGCAACAUUUUAUUUUUUAAUAAUUAUCGGCAUUUUUGUGAUACUACUAAUUAUAUCGAGGCAACCACAAAACAGAUAUGCACUCGCAUUUCUAACGCCAGGACUUCCAUUUAUUCCAGCAAUUGCUAUUACUGUUAAUAUUUAUUUAAUAUUUAAAUUAAGCAUAUUAACAUUAGUUAGAUUUACAUUCUGGAUGACGUUAGGAUUUAUAAUGUACUUUUAUUACGGCAUUACGCACAGCACUCUAGAGCAAACUACAGAUGAAAUUGAACUUCAUAUAGAUAAAGAUUACAGCAAAAAUCUUGAAGAAAAGGCUGUAUGGGAUGAACAAUCAUACAUAUCCCAAAGCACCGAACCAGUAUGGGUUGGUAAAGAAGCAAAACAUUCCACAAGUAAGUGCCUAAUUCAAAUACAAUUACAUGUUACUUUUAAUCCGUAA